AUGGCGUCCACCGAACUUGCUACGGAGCGUGCGAUGUAUGUUGGGAAUACCAUUUCCACAGCCGUUUAUGGAGGAAAUUUAUUCCUAUAUACCUACUCUACCCACCUGCUUGUGACCUCCAAGAUUAAGCAAGUGCAGCACAGGAUAUUCUACAUAUGUUUUGGAGGCAUUCUCUUGCUUCUUUUCACCAUCAGUAUCGCAAGCAAUAACGCCUUUUGUGAACUAAUGUGGAUAGAAAGGCGAAACGACCCUGGUGGCCCUCCUGCAUUUUUUGCUGCAAAUUCGGCCGCUUGGUACAAUGUCUUUGGUACAUCGGCAGUGUGCCUCACAAAUAUGAUGACAGACGGACUCUUGCUUUACCGCUGUUACAUUAUUUGGGAGUCAAGAUUGCCAGUAAUCGUCAUCCCUGCAAUUAUAUACCUGGGAUCUGCUACUAUGGCUAUCAUGAUGGUGAUUGAGAGUGCCAUGCCAAUGACAAAUCUAUGGCAGGGCCUUACCGCACAAUUCGGCAUUUCAUGGGUCGCGUUAACUGUCAGCUUUAACAUCAUUGUGACUACAUUAAUCUUUUCCCGACUACUAUUCUUUUAUCGCAGAGCACGAUCUGUUCUUGACGAUGAACAGAGAAGUCUUUACACGGGCAUUAUGGCAAUUCUGGUGGAGUCUUCCCUUCCUUUCACAAUUCUGGGAAUCGCCUGCCUCGUCACCUAUAUCCAAGGUAUCCCAAGUGCGACGGCGGUGGAAAUAGUCUGGGCAGCCUUCGUGGUUUUGACACCCCAGCUCAUCAUUUUAAGGGUCGCUUCAGGGGUUGCAUGGUCAAAAGACAUGGCCUCUAACAUCACUCGGACAGCUCUGCAUGGAACUUUCCAUCACAACUCAUCUUCUACUAGCAGCAGCAAUAUGAACAGUAAGAAUCCAUAAUAGUGGGGUUCUGGCAUAUGGUGCCACAUCCACGUCCGAAUGAUUAGC